GUACCUCACGGCUAAUCGAACCAGAGAGCUCAACACUUCUUCCAUUACAGAAUGUGCGGGGACGCAACCAACUGGGACGAAGAGACUUACAGGGAAAGCAUAUUGAAGGAGAGAGAAAUUCAAACUCGGACCGUUUUCCGAACCGUCUGGACUCCCUCACAAAACCCUAGUCCGGACUCCAUCGUCGUCGCCUCCAGUGAUGGAUCCCUCGGUUCUUACUCCAUUUCAUCCAUUAUUUCCGAGCUUCCAUUAGGACUAGAAAAUGCCAAAGCUCCACACUAUUUUGAGGCUGAACCUGAGUGCUUCCUUCAAGGGCAUGAAGGACCUUUAUAUGAUGUAAAAUUCUACGGUGAUGGUGAGGAUGCUUUACUGCUAAGUUGCGGUGAUGAUGGUCGUAUUCGAGGAUGGAGGUGGAAGGAUUGUACGGAAUCUGAGGUUCCUAUUCCACUGCAAGGAAAGCACAUGAGACCAGUUCUUGACUUGAUGAAUCCUCAACAUAAAGGUCCUUGGGGAGCUUUAUCUCCAGUCCCUGAGAACAAUGCUAUUGCUGUUAAUACUCUGGGGGGGUCCAUAUAUGCAGCUGCAGGUGAUUCUUGUGCUUAUUGUUGGGAUGUGGAGACUGGUCAAGUGAAAAUGGUUUAUAAGGGGCAUUCAGAUUACUUGCAUAGUAUAAUUGCUAGAAACUCUACUAAUCAGAUUAUAACUGGUUCAGAGGAUGGCACAGCACGAAUAUGGGAUUGCAGAAGUGGAAAGUGUAUUCAAGUGAUUGAGCCAGCAAAGGAGAUGAAGCUGAAAGGAUAUUCCUCAUAUGUUGGCUGCAUUAAUCUUGAUGCAAGUGAAAGCUGGUUGGCUUGUGGGAGUGGUCGGAGUUUAUCAGUAUGGAAUCUUCCUGCUUCUGAAUGUAUUUCGAAGAUUUCAACUUCUGCAUCUGUGCAGGAUGUGGUAUUUGAUGAGAACCAAAUAGUAGCAGUUGGGGCAGAACCCCUGCUCAAUCGAUUCAAUAUAAACGGGGAGAUUCUUUCACAAAUACAAUGUGCUCCUCAGUCAGCUUUUUCUGUCUCAUUACAUCCAUCUGGGGUUACAGCCGUUGGUGGUUAUGGAGGCCUUGUUGAUGUUAUCUCACAAUUUGGAAGCCACUUGUGCACAUUUCGCUGCCAAUUUGAAUAUUAAGGAGUUCUGCUGCAGUUUCAACUUGUGUGCAUGACACAUUGCUGAAAUUGUAAAGUUGGUUUGGAACAAGCCUCCGGAGUCAGCAAGUAGAGAUGUUAUUUAGGGCUCAGAAUAGGUUAAGAUUGCUUGUUGGAUGCUUCAACAUGUUACUGGCAUACAUUUUUGCAGCACCUCUUACAGUGACAUUGUUUUAGUACAAUAAUUUUACCAACUUGUAAUUUUUUUUUUUGGCAAUAGCAACUUGUAAUAUUUAAAACUUAAAAAGAUUGAGUUAAAGAUUAUUUAAAUGUUAUUGAUUUAA